GUCUUUCACGGAAGUGGCUUCAGAGAGAGAGGGGAGGAGGAAGGAAAGAGAGAAGAAGAAGAAGAAGUUUCUUCUGUAAAGAAGUUCAGGCUGUCUGUAGGAAGUGUGGCGGCGGAAACAUCGACGUGUUGUUGUGUUUUUGUUGUGUUUUUGUGUGAAGGACAGAAGUGUGAGCGGCGGCUCGUGAGGCGGGAGAGGACACACAACUUCUGGCAGCCUGUGUUGAUCGAUGGACUACAUGGACAUGAACCGGCUGGGAGGGGCGUCCAGGAGGGCGCGGGUGGAAGGAGGGCAGCUGGGAGGAGACGAGUGGACGCGCCACGGCUCCUUCGUCAACAAACCCACCCGAGGCUGGCUGCACUCUGACAGUCUGGUCAGCACCGCUGGUGUGUCCUACAGCGUCCGGUACAUGGGUUGUGUGGAGGUGCUGCAGUCAAUGAGAGCGCUGGACUUCAACACCAGGACUCAGGUCACCAGGGAGGCUAUCUCUGUGGUGUGUGAGGCGGUACCUGGAUCCAAAGGAGGACACAGGAGAAAGCCUUCCCCUCGCAGGGUGACCACCAUCCUCGGAAAGAGUAACCUGCAGUUUGCAGGCAUGACAAUCAACCUGACCAUCUCCACCAGCAGCCUCAACCUGCUGGCCUCUGACUGCAAACAGCCUGUCACAUCCUGGAGUGCUCCGAGGGUUUAGCCCAGGAAGUCAUCAGCACCAUCGGCCAGGCCUUCGAACUGCGCUUCAAGCAGUACCUGAUGACCCCGCCCAAAGUGGUCACACCUCAUGACAGAAUGGCUCCGUUUGAUGGCUCUGCGUGGGAGGAAGAGGAUGAUGAAUCUGCUCCUCCACCUCCUGCUGCACCUGAUGUCCCCUACUAUAAUAAUUUCCCAGGAAAACAGCCCCCCCCUGGUGGACUGGUUGACAUGAGGACCCGCCCAGGACCCACGCUGCCCUAUGGACAGCCAGGUCAGAGCGACAUUCACAAGCACCCUUUGCCUCCUCUACCAGUGGGUGCCAAAGAAGGGGCUCGGGAGCUGUUCGACGACCCCUCAUACGUCAACGUGGAUAAGCCACGCCUCCCGGCUGCAGCCAAUGGAAACGCUCACAAAGAUGCUUUUGACAUGAAGCCGCUCGAUGACGCCCUGGGUGUGUGUGGGCACAGUGGGCAGAGCGCCGUGGCCAUGGUGCAGCAGCUGCAGAACGAGAUCUGGUUCCACGGCAGUUUGAGUCGUAAAGAGGCAGAGAGGCUGCUGACCCGGGACGGAGACUUCCUGGUGCGGGAGUCUGGGACCACCCCCGGACAGUACGUCCUCACGGGACAGCAGGGGGGCCAGCCCAAACACCUGCUGCUGGUCGACCCAGAGGGAGUGCACACACACACACACACACACUUAUGCUUUAGUUACACACACAGCAACACUACAUGUGUCACUCCUGCAGAAAACAUUUAUCUCUGAUCACACACAAGCCAAAUAUCACCAGUUUCUCUGCUAAAUCACUUUUCUUGCUGCUGUUGCCACAUUUCUGCCAAACUGUGACCUGCAAUCCUUCACAAACUGUCAGGCGCCGAGCAGCGCUGCUGCAUCCCCCCUUCACCCCCCGACCUACUGUGAACCAGGGAGGAGCUCUGUGUCACAGCAAGGCAGAAAACUAAUGCAAAUUUUUUAAAGAGAUAAAGAAUGCACGCAAAGAUGUGAUUAUUAAGAAUCAGAACUGUCAUUGUGUGGAAAUGUGUACUGACAUGAUUGAACUACAGAGAGGACACGAGUUGAAUGGGUUUAGGAACAAACCAUCGCUGGAGCUUUUUUUACUGGUCGACAGGAGUUUGUUUCAGAGACUGCACCAAGUUCAAACUGUUACCUUCUGGAGAAGUAACGAGAGUCUUCUGGCUCGUCAGUGUGCUUAAACAAGUCUGCUUACUGUCUUCAGAGGACCGCCCCACCUUCAGUCCGUCACAGACUUGAGAACUGACCACUCUUGGAGCAAAGCCGGUAUGCAAAUCCAGAACAGCUAUGCUACUUCAUUUUGUUUCUGUUUGGUUUUUAUCACAAACAUUUUCAACAUCCGGAGUCCAGAAGAAUCCAAAACGGCUGUAUUUAAACCGAUCUGUUUGCACAUACAGGUACAUCUGCACACCUUUACACCACAUCACUCACAUCAGGCCAAAGAUCAGGAACUUAGUUGUUAAAGACGGGAAAAAACAGAAAGCCAUGGCAGUUAUCAGCAGUAAUCUGUCCUUUUUCUUUUCAAACAGUUUUAUUGCAGAUAAUUGAGGUGACGGUGCCUGAAUCUGGCAUCAGAAAUGACUUUUCUUUUUUUUUAAAGUACACUGAUGUCAUGAAAACAUUCAGAGAUGCAUUUAUCUGAUCUUUGCUUUUCAAUAACUCUUAACAUGUUUGCAUUGACAAUCUGUGGCUUCAGAGGAAACAAGAAGUGGUUACUUCAUGAAAACAUGUCAGAAAGCCUCAAAGCAGUGAGUUUCUCUUAGCAAAAUUAAUGCAAAGUGUGUCACAUGAAUGGUUUUUGUUGUUUUCUGUGUCUUGGGGAAUCUUUUGUUUUUUUAAAUCUAAAUGACACGUUUCAGAGCGUUUCUGUCGUUGGAACUGUUCAGCCAAACGUUCUUGGUGUGCUGUUUUCAAACUUUACAAAGACACGAAGGGAGACGUCGUUUUCGUCUCUCCUUCCACGGUUCAUGCUUUUGUUUUCUGUAUGUAUAUAUCUGUUUACUGUGCCUUGUUUCCUGGAUGCAGUCAUGUCAUUUAAGAUGCACUCACCUUAUGUACUUAACUCAGACGAAGUAAAACUGCAGGAGAAUCUCUGUUUUAACAAGUGGCACUCGAACCAAGACAAACAGCUCCAGUGAUGGCAAUCUCCUCUGAUGCACAUUCCUGCAUUCAGCUUCUAGUCACAGAUACUUGAUGUCACCAAUGUGGGGGGAAACGGGGGAUUUUUUGAUGACUUGUAAAUAAUCUUAAUUUUCGAUGGAUAUGCUUGCUCUUGGAUUGUUGUUUUCUUGUGUAUUUAAUGACUUGUUUGAUGAGCGAUAGAGACUUAGACAGCAUUAAUAGUUCAGUUUUAAAGCCAAAUGAUAAUGUCUGAUGGAAACCAAAAUCUUGAACUAGCAGAAGGGAGCCUUUUUUUCUGUAAACCUUGAAGUGCACGGUUCAGACCUUAUGAUGUGUACAGGUUAACUGUUCUGAACAUUUUACCUGGUCGAGACAGAGCCCAGGUGACAUCAGGGGAUUUGUUGAUUCAGCUUUGCCUCGUAAAAGUCAUUUAUUUUGUGUCUGACAGUUUAUUAAUAAAUUCAAAUAUGCACGAUAA